AGAAGAUCGCUAAUAUUUUUGUAAACAAUAUUUCAGUUCCAAUAAUUUUGUCAAGUCUGUGUUGGCCUGCUGUGUUCAUAUUAUUAUUAAUUAUUAGGCCUAUAAUAAUUAUUAAUUAGCCUAGCAAAAUAUUGAUCACUAGACAUUUGCAUGUUACAAGUAAUAAAUUAUGACGCAAGGACAAAUUAACAAGGAGGAAUCUGAUGUUCAGAAAAGUUCUUUGGAGAAGAAAAAGGACAAGGACCAUACACCUGCAAAAGUAGUUAUAAGGCGACUACCACCCACAUUAACACCUGAAGAAUUUGUACAGCAAGUUGCACCUCUCCCAGAGUAUGACUUCUUUUACUUUGUUAGGGCUGAUAUGAGUCUUGGUGCAAAUGCUUUUACAAGAGCUUAUAUCCAUUUCUUGGUGCCUGAUGACAUUUUUAUCUUUAGAGACAAGUUUGAUGGCUAUGUCUUUCUUGAUGCCAAAGGUGGAGAAUAUCCAGCUAUUGUGGAGUUUGCUCCGUUUCAAAAAGUCCCGAAGAAAAAACCCAAAAAAGUGGAUACGAAAAAUGGAAUUAUUGAACAAGAUAGUGACUACAAAAAGUUUUUGGAAAUCCUGACCAAACCACCAGAUGCUGUUCCAGUAUCACUAGAUGCAAUGGUUGUAGAAGUUGAGGCCAAAGAGAAUUCUUUAGCCAAGUCUGGAUCAUCCAAGGUAUCCACUCCACUGCUGGAUUACUUAAGGAAGAGGAGGGAGGAGAGGAAGCUGAAUAUAGCUAAAUUGAAGGAAGAGAGGAGACGUAUUGGAGGAAGGGACAGAGAUAUUGACAGGAAAAGGCCAGUCAAAGAUGACUUAGACCGACGCAAAUCAUCAGAAAAAGAAAGACUCAGAGACAGGGAUAGGGACAGACGCAGAGAUAGGGAUAGGGAUAGGGAUAGAAUUAGAGAUAGGCCCAGAGAGAUAGACAGGAGAAGAAUAAAAGACUCUCCAAGAUCAGAGAGGAUAAAAGAUGACAAAGAUGUGGAGACCAAAUGGCAGAGAGAAACUGAAGGAAAACCUAAGCAGUUUACACGCCUUCUAAGAAAUACUGAGAGGGACAAAGCCAGCUUUGAUAAGGAAUCUGGAGAUAAAACAAGUUCUGCACUGGAAAAAGAUGAAGACACUGAUGAUACUGUAGAAAGGUUGUCUGAGACCGAUCAAGGCAAAAUAGACAGAAAGGCAGAGGAUUCAAGAGGGAAAAAUAUUGGAGGGAAGUGGUUGGAUGACAGAAGAAGGGAUGAUGAUAGGCAUGGGAGUAGAGGUAGAGGUAUAGGGGGGGAGGAGAGAGGCAAGUACUCCAAAGAUUAUGGGUCAAGGAGUUACAGAGAAGAUGAGGAUAGUCAUAGGCUAGACAAGAGAGAUCGGCAUGGAAGUGAGAGGUAUAGUGAUAGAGGGUAUGGGUCAAAGGUUAGGGAUGAUAGGGGGAUGGGUGGGGCUAGAGAUAAGUACAGAGAGGAUAGGGGUGGGGGGAUAGCUAGGAUGCGGGAUAGGGAUGACAGACGAGGUGGAGCAGAACGUGAUGAUCGCCGCAGUGGAGGGGAUAGAGAGGACAGGAGGAUGGGUUAUGGGGAGGAUAGACGGGAUGGGGGAUAUAGAGAUGAUAGGAGAGGCGGAGGUGACAGGGAUGACAGAAGAGGAGACAGGAGAGGAGAGAGAGAUGAUAGGCGCAGGGUAGAGAGUUAUCGGGAUAGAGAAGAUAGAAAAAUUGGAGGGGGCGAUGGUUGGAAGAAAAAGGAUGUAGAAGGUGGGGAUAGUUGGAAGAAAAAGGAUAUAGAAAGUGGGGAUGGUUGGAAGAAAAAGGAUGUAGAAGGUGGCGAUAGUUGGAAGAAAAAGGAUAUAGAAGGUGGCGAUAGUUGGAAGAAAAAGGAUAUAGAAGGUGGGGAUGGUUGGAAGAAAAAGGAUGUAGAAGGUGGCGAUAGUUGGAAAAAAAAGGAUAUAGAAUUUAAGAAAGCUGAAAAGCCAAUAGAAAAAAAAUCAGAAACAGUGAAAAGUAAAAGUGGUGAAGAAGGAAAGAAAGAAGGAACUGCUUCGAGCAUGAAAGAAAGUCAAAGUCAGGAUUUAACAAAGGAAGACAGAGGGAAGGAUGAAGAAAAAUUGGUGAAAAGUUCAGAAUCACCUGACCUGAAGUCCUCCAGGUAUAAAGGUGAGGCUGAGAGCCACUCCCAGAGAUCUACCCCAGACCCCAUGUCUUCAAGCCUGACAAGGGAAGAUAAUGAUGCUAGGGGAGACAACAAUGAUGGAGAUGAUAAAAAAAGAAAGAGGAAGGAUCGACCAGAGAGACAGAUUUACAUUCCUAGAAAAGCUUUAGAGAAGCAAAGACAGUCAUCCCCACAAACUGGCGAGUCUAGUCGGGAUAAACCAAACAGCUGAGGUGGUAGAUGAAUACAUGAGAUCCAAGUUUUUAACACACUCAGCAAGUUUAGGACAAUGUUAAGCCCAGCUUCCUGUUGUUUCAGUGUUAUUAUUUUCUUCAAUGUGAGGCCUGGAACUUUUAACUGAUUUGAGUUAAAGUUGAGUUUUAAAUAAUUUAAGAGCAAAAUGUGUUGUCAAAUAUGGCUUAAAAAUUAUUAUUUUUAAUUGUGUGUUGUUCCCCAUCCUUCUUUGAUGCAGUUUUAUGCAUGAAAAUACUUUCCAUCUGAAAAUUUUUGAAUUUAGCAAAAUUCUAAAUCUAAAUCAUGGAUCUGUAAUACUUUAGCCUGAUGUGUGGUUGUGUUGGCUGAUGUGAUGGCAGAAAAAAAAUAUCUUACUUAAGCCUGAUGUAAAUUACAGAUGCCUGUAUUGACAAAGAUUUAAAUAAACUUGUUUUCUUUUAAUGCUAAAAAUAUUGUACAGGAUUUUAUUCUUGAUUUAAUUGAUCAUUCUGUGCAUUAUGAAAAAUAAAACAACAAAAUAUAAUGUUUGGUGAAUAUUUAAUUGUCUUUCUCAAUAAUAUGACUCAAGAGAAUGGUUUCCCUCAUAGUUUCACAGACAAGUAACA